CCCAAUUUUCCUUACUUCCCUAAAAUAGUAAAAUUUCCCCCGAUUCAAAUCCCUAAAUCGCUAAUUCAUUACCUUUCUUUGGCAAACGCGAAAUCAAUUUUACUUCAGCAUCAGCGAUCUCUCUAGGGUUCUUGAUCUUUUUCAUUUCUUCUUUCAUUUUCACUGCCAUGGCGAGCGAAAUCCUAGAAGAUCUGAAGCUGGAGCCGAACGGAGAAGAAGAUAAUGAAGAAGCACCAGAGAAAGAAGUGAUUGAGCAAGAAAGUCGAGAUGUUCCCGAGAAAGAGUUAUCUGGGGAGACUAAGGAGGAGACUGAAGAGAAAAAAAGCGUCGAGGAAUCGAAGGAAGAGGAGCCUAAAAAUAGCGAGAAACCAAAGAGGGGACGAAAGAAGAGCUUAAAGAGUGACUCUAGUGGAGGUAAGGAUGUUAGCGCAAAGAAAAAAGAGAAACUAGAUCACGAAUCAGGGGAUAAAAAGGAGCCUACUACGCCAGCUAGCGAGAGGCCGACAAAGGAAAGGAAGACAGUUGAGAGGUACUCGGCGCCUUCUCUGGCGAGAUCUUCAUCCAGCAGGGGAUUAUCGCUCGAGAAUGGACGUGGCACACUGCUCAAUGGUAUUCCAAAUGCAAUAAUGGACCCCCCUCCUUCUGCCAGUGAACAGUCUCCUACCCCUUACCCUUUCCAAUGGCCAGCCGAGAUGCCAUUCACCCCAUCCUCAAUGCAAGCUGCUCAAGCAGCAGCAUUUGCAACAUUUUUUCAGCAGCAUCUACUCGCCCAACAGCCUCCCACCCCUAUUCUCUCAUCUGCUGGUAUAGCCAAUCCCGAAUCUGUUUUCGACUCAUUCACUAACUCCCAACCCCCUUCAUCCCAGCUUCCCUCAAAUUCUAAAUAUCAACCCCCUUCAACUCAGAAUUCAAGACACUCUACACAAGGGAUAAAUAGAAAAGCACCUAAUUGGAAAGUAAAAGAAGAUGUUGCACUAUGCGAAUCCUGGAUAAGAGUUUCAGAGGAUCCAAUUGUGAGGAUUGGCCAAGCUCAAGAUGCUUUUUGGUUGAGCAUUUGGCAUGAAUUCAAGGAGCGAGUUCCGGGGACAGAACGUGUUCAGCGAGCCUGUGAAAAUAGAUGGUCGGUAAUUCAAGGAGAUGUCUCAAAGUGGAGGGCUAUUGUGCGGAGGGUGCACAGAAACAGGGCUAGCGGAACCAUCCCAAAUGAUGAGUGGGGAACAUGUUUUGUUGUGUUCAAGAAAGACCAUGGGCGGGAUUUUAAAUUUAUCCAUUGUUGGGAAGUACUACACUGUUGCGCAAAGUGGCAAAUAUCUACAGAUGAGAAGGAGGCCAGAGAUGCAAGUAAAGGAGGCAGAGCUGGCACCAGCCGAGCAAGGAGCCCAAAUCCACCAUUCAGAAUGCCAUCAUUCACAAUUUCUGGCUCAUCUAGUCCAGGAAUUGAUAGCUUUGACGACUCCUGCCCCAAUCCUGAUAUAGACAUACCUACAACGGACACUCCAACCUCUGGUACCCCAUACAAUCAUGCUGAAAACACUCCUCCACCCAGCUUACAUCCCAACCCACUUGUCCAGCGCCCAUUAGGCAGAAAAUCAACAAAGGAGAAAUGCCGUCGAACUGGUUCAGGUGUUUCUGAAUCUUAUUCAGCCGCAAGUGAGCAAUUGAAUGCUACUAUUUCGGCAGGGCGACACAGCUCGGAGAGCCGUUUUGAUUCAUUGAAACUAACAGCUGAGGAACUGGCUUUCCUUGCUAUGAAAAAUGCAAGGCUCGACUCUUUGCAGAAAAGUAUUAAAAUCACAAAAGAGCUAGCAAAAGCUGAAAAGGAAUUGUUGCUGCUGGACCCUAAUCUCAGUGCAGAACAGGUAUUGACUAAACGUUAUGUGAGAAUGAGGGAGCUGGAGGAGCUGGAUAAAGAGCAUAAAGAGAUUCGAGCACUUGAAUAUUCACCUGGGGGGCAGUGAGGGAAGGCGUCUCAACAAGGAGGUAUAAAAUUGAUCCAUUGUAAUAUUGAAAACAGGUGCGAUAAAGAAAUAUGAAGCAUCCAUCUGGGAGGACCAGUGUUGGUUCUGUCUAGAGAUAAGAAAUGGACUCUGUUUUAUUUCUCCUUUGAUGAACUUUGAUUUGCAAAGAUAAUAUUUAGAUCAUUAACCUCUUGUUAUGGUUAUUCGUUAGGGCAUUGUGCUAUGUUCUUGCUUGUCUUCUAACUAGAUUUCUAGUUUCAUGCUACUUUAUCUUUUGAAUUUGGCAAAAGUUUUGCCAUGCAAUGUGUCUACACAUUCUUUUCCUAGUAGGGUGCAAUUGUACAACAAAAGAUCAUGCAGAUGUAUAUUUAUGGAGGGAUAGUAUGAAACAAUUGAAUAAAUACUUCCUUUACUGUCA